AUGAAUAUUGAUUACGCAUCGCAGCGCCGAACGCCCGCCCCUCUCGGCUGCCGACGCUCGCCGCUCGCGCUCGGGCUCGCGAUGGGGAAGAAGUCCCGGGCAGUACCCGGCCGCAGGCCCAUCCUGCAGCUCUCACCGCCAGGUCCCCGGUGCAGCACGCCGGGCCGGGACCCGGAUCCGGAACCCGACGCCGAGCCGGACUCGACGGCUGUGUCCCCCAGCCAGCCCGUCCCUGUGGCGGCUGCAGCGACCACCACCGCGGUGACUGCCGCCGCGGCUCCGGACGACUCGCCUUCAGAAGAUGAACAGGAAGUGGUGGUGGAGGUUCCUAAAGUUGUUCAGAAUCCUCCAAAACCAGUCAUGACCACCAGACCCACAGCCGUUAAAGCAACAGGCGGUCUAUGCUUACUUGGUGCUUAUGUUGACAGUGAUGAUGAUGAGAGUGAUGUUUCUGAAAAACCACCACAAUCCAAAGAGGCAAAUGGAAACCAGUCGACUGAUAUUGAUAGUACUUUGGCCAGUUUCCUAGCGGAGAUUGAUGCCAUAACAGCUCCUCAGCCUGCAGCUCCUGCAGGAGCUUCUGCUCUGCCUCCAACUCCACCUCGACCAGAGCCAAAGGAAGCAGCAACAUCUGCCCUUUCUUCCACUGCUUCAAAUGGAACAGACUCAGCCCAAACAUCAGGGUGGCAAUAUGAUACUCAGUGUUCACUGGCAGGAGUCGGAAUUGAGAUGGGAGAUUGGCAAGAAGUCUGGGAUGAAAACACAGGAUGCUAUUAUUAUUGGAACACACAAACAAAUGAAGUGACUUGGGAGUUACCCCAAUAUCUUGCCACCCAGGUACAGGGAUUACAACAUUACCAGCCCAGUUCUGUACCAGGUGCUGAGGCUAGUUUUGUGGUAAAUACAGACAUGUAUUCUAAGGAGAAAACUGUUCCUGUUUCCAGUAGUAAAAGUGGACCAGUCAUAACCAAGAGAGAAGUUAAAAAGGAAGUAAAUGAAGGAAUUCAGGCUCUCUCAAAUAAUGAGGAGGAGAAGAAAGGAGUGGCAGCUUCACUGCUUGCUCCUUUAUUGCCUGAGGGAAUAAAAGAGGAAGAAGAGAGAUGGAGAAGAAAAGUAAUUUGUAAAGAAGUAGAGCCAAUUUCAGAAAUGAAGGAAACAAGCACAACAGUAGAAGAAACAGCAACAAUAGUAAAGCCACAGGAAAUUAUGUUGGACAAUAUAGAAGACCCUUCUCAGGAGGAUCUUUGUAGUGUUGUUCAAUCUGGAGAAAGUGAGGAAGAAGAGGAACAAGAUACCCUUGAGCUGGAGCUCGUUUUGGAGAGGAAAAAAGCAGAGUUGCGAGCCUUGGAGGAAGGAGAUGGUAGUGUGUCAGGGUCUAGUCCGCGUUCUGAUAUCAGCCAACCAGCAUCUCAAGAUGGAAUGCGUAGACUUAUGUCUAAAAGAGGGAAAUGGAAGAUGUUUGUUCGAGCCACCAGUCCAGAAUCUACCAGCCGGAGUUCUAGCAAAACUGGACGAGAGACCCCGGAAAAUGGGGAAACUGCAAUUGGUGCUGAAAUUUCAGAAAAAAUAGAUGAGAAUUCAGACAAAGAGGUAGAAGUAGAAGAAUCUCCAGAGAAGAUAAAAGUACAAACAGCACCUAAAGUAGAAGAAGAACAGGAUUUGAAACGUGUUUUCAUAGGUUCUCUUUGUAAAGAAUCCUUUUCUGGUCAAGUUUCUUCUUCAUCACUGAUGCCACUUACUCCAUUCUGGACCCUCCUUCAGUCCAAUGUGCCUGUGCUUCAACCUCCAUUACCCUUGGAAAUGCCACCACCCCCACCUCCACCUCCAGAAUCCCCUCCUCCUCCUCCUCCCCCCCCACCUCCUCCUGUAGAAGAUGGUGAGAUACAGGAGGUAGAGAUGGAGGAUGAGGGAAGUGAGGAGCCUCCUGCUCCAGGAACAGAGGAGGAUACUCCUUUAAAACCUUCAGCACAAACCACCAUUGUAACAAGUCAGAGUUCAGUUGAUUCUACCAUCUCUAGUUCUCCUUCCACUAAAGGGAUAAAGAGAAAAGCUACGGAAAUUAGUACUGCAGUGGUUCAGAGAUCAGCUACCAUUGGUAGUUCUCCUGUCCUUUACAGCCAAUCAGCUAUCUCUACAAGUCACCAGGCGACAGGGAUUGGACACCAGGCAACAGGGGUUGCACACCAGGCAAUACCAGUUAGCCAUCCAGCAGCAGGAAUGGGUCAUCAGUCCAGAGGAAUGAAUCUACAGUCAAAUUACCUUGGACUAGCAACAGCACCUACAAUCAUGAAUUAUGCUGAAUGUUCUGUCCCAAUUGGAGUGACUGGUUCCUCACUGCAGCCGGUCCAGGCCCGAGGUGCUGUGCCUGCCACUGCCAUUAUAGAACCACCACCACCACCACCUCCUCCUCCACCACCACCACCAGCUCCCAAAAUGCCACCACCUGAGAAGACAAAAAAAGGAAAGAAAGAUAAGGCAAAGAAGAGUAAAACCAAAAUGCCAUCUUUGGUAAAGAAAUGGCAGAGUAUCCAGCGUGAGUUAGAUGAAGAGGAGAACUCUAGUUCCAGUGAAGACGACCGGGAGUCAACUGCGCAGAAGCGAAUUGAAGAGUGGAAACAGCAGCAGCUGGUCAGUGGCAUGGCAGAGAGAAAUGCUAACUUUGAAGCCCUUCCUGAGGAUUGGCGAGCAAGACUGAAGAGAAGGAAAAUGGCUCCAAACACAUAGUUUUCAAAUUUAAAAAAAAAAUUUUUUAUUGUUUGUUUUGUGUUCAGUUCAGAGUCUUAACCAGUUUUACUGUUGUCAAGUAAACUAUAAAUGUUAUGGGGGAGAGCAAACGUGUAUAAAGUUUUCACAUUCGUGAAAUGUAAUUUUUCUAUUUUGCUGAAAGGUGAGGUGAUUGGAAUUGCUUUGACCUGGCUUCCCUUAUUCUCACACUGGCAAACUUAGCAUGUUAUGUAUAUUAACUUCAUCAGUCUUGAAGAACAUUUGGCUCAUGAGUAUGACAUGUCUGUAAAGGACUGACUCACUGACAAAAGGUGAAGCAUUUUUGUGUCUAAUAGAGGCUCAUUUACUUCCUAAUGUGGUGUGCUCUCUCUCAUUAUCUUCUACUCCAGAACAAGUGCAAUUCAGAAGGCAGCUUUGUAUUCUAUCUUGCUUGACUGGGAUUGUCAGGAUCUCUUUCAGACCUCUUCCUCUACUCUGCCACCCCUGAAGUGCUGAGGUCUGUUAAGUGUUUUACCUUGUGCUGGUAGAUGGCCACACUCUUUAGAGUAAUUCUUUCUCACAAAUUCCAGAACUGAUAGCUCAGUCAUUUCACACACUAGGUGGCAUAUUUAAGUUUUAAUAUAAGCAGCAGCACGUGGGGGUUAAUAUCCUUGAUUUUGAGGAUUUUACCCUCAAGUAUGUGACAGUAAAUGUAACAAGAGCCACUCUAUGUACUAAUGUCUCUCCAUUGUCUUACCCUGUUCCAAAAUUCACCUCCCUUCUUUAUGUGAAUGUACUUUCCGUAAAAUUCCAGUAUUUAAAAAGCAGUUUACUGUUCUGUACUUUCUAUUGUAUCACAAUCAGGUAAAAGACACUUUAAACUGAAGAAAAGGCAAAUUGUGUUUUAAAACUGUUUGUAUUUCUCCAGUUUCUGACCUUCCUUGUAAAUUUGUGUAUAUGCACUAAUAAAGCUUUUUUUAUACUUCUGA